AAUCUUACUCAUCUUGUUACCCCGCAACAGCUCGGUGAGUCGUGACCGGAGGCCGCGUGCAGCUCACUUACACGACAAAACUUGGAGUCACUUACUCAUCGCCAUAAAACUUAUUCACUUCCUCAGCAUCUAGUACUCCCGCCGACAAUGCCUCACCGGUUGCAAGAUGAGAUCCAUCCUGAGGUGGACUUGUACCGUCCAUUCACAAGUGAUACCAUCCUCGAGGUCCGCACUGGCAGGAUGAAACCCCUCAGCGGCCUCACCGUGCAGUCUGGCAUCGACAAAAUUAUUCGCGAUGGGCCGGUGCGUGUUACCGAAACGGGGCUCGAGGGCGAUGAGCAUGACCCUACCUUUCACGGGGGCGUCGAUAAGGCCAUCCAUGGAUACUGCUGCUCCCACUACCCGGCCUGGCGCACCGAGUUCCCCUCGGCAGCCGCCUCCUUCCGACCAGGAGCCUUCGGCGAGAACCUCGUCACCGCCCACCUCAACGAGCGCAACCUUUGCAUAGGCGAUAUCGUCUCGAUCAGCCGUCCGGCCUCUGACACAGACCGCGGAGAAGAUCACCGCGUCCUGCUCCAGGUCAGCCUCCCGCGCCAGCCGUGCUUCAAGCUCAACCACCGCUUCCAGCUCAAGAACUUUGCCCCCAACACCUGGAAGACCAGCCGCACGGGUUGGUACUUUCGCGUGCUGCGGCCCGGCACAAUCCAGGCCGGGGACACCAUCCGCCUUGUCGAGCGUCGCCACCCUGCCUGGACGAUCGAGCGCGUGCAGGAGUAUCUGCACCGGAACACGGGCGACGCGGCGAUGAACGAGGAGCUGGCGAGGAUCGAGGAGUUCGGGGCCGAGUGCAAGGAUGCGUUCCGAGCGCGUGUCGCGCGGCAUAAGGCGAAGGAGCGGAGGGAAAGACUGAAGCAGGAAGGGAAGGGUCAGAAGUGGAGGGAAUAUAAGGUGGUGGAGAAGACGAGGCAGACGGCGAGGAUCAUGUCGUUUGUUCUGGAAGCUGUUGGGCCCGUAGGUGGAGCGGGGAAGGAGGAGGACGGAGACGAGGGAGAGGAGGUCGAGCUCCGACCCGGUGCACAUGCCAAGGUCAGGCUUGGGAACGGCCUUGUGAGAGCAUACUCCAUUGUGGAUGGGGAUCGUAGCCGUUUCCAGCUUGGGGUGGCGCUAGACGAUAAGAGCCGUGGCGGGUCAAGGUAUCUGCACGAGAUGGUUCAAGUCGGGCACACACUGCAGGUGGGCGCCAUUACCGCCGCGGUACCCAUGGCUAGUGCCGCGAGUCACCACGUCUUCGUUGCCGGUGGGGUUGGCAUCACGGCAUUCCUGGCACUGAUCGAAGGGUACAAGAGUAUUCACUAUAGUGUUGAGCUGCACUAUGCAGUGCGCUCGGCGGAGGAUGUGCCAUUCCGGGAGCGCCUAACUAAGCUUGGCGACGACGUCGUCAUAAUCUACGACAGAGCCGCGGGACAGCGGCUUGAUAUCCGCCGCAUCGUGGGCAACAUUCCCUGGAACUCGCAACUGUACUUCUGUGGGCCGAAGCGGCUCAUGGACGAAGCUGCUAAGGAGACGCGGGCGCGCGGCAUCCCGGAAAAAGAGCUGCACUUUGAAGCAUUUGAGGCUGAUGUGUCAGGCGAUCCGUUUGAGGUCGUCGUAGCCAAUAAGGGCGACACCACCAUCAGGGUGGGCGAAGAAGAGACUCUGCUCGAGUGCCUGCAGAAACAGUUCGAUGAGGUUGAUUCGAGCUGCUGUGUUGGCAAUUGUGGUACCUGCCGGGUCACCCUCAAGGGUGGCCAGGUCGACCAUCGUGGAACAGCACUGACAGAAGAAGAGAAGGCCGCGUCCAUGCUGACAUGCGUUAGUCGUGGGAUCGGACGUAUCACUAUCGAGAUAUGAUGUGGGGCCCAACGUUUCUUGGGUUUAUCCCGCUGCGGCCCAGAUCUCUUCCGAAAGCCGCCCUUAACAGUCACCCCUUACGGCAUCUUU